AUGAUGCUUUCCGUCGCAGCAGUCUCCGUGGUCCUCUCCUCGCUUCCGUUCGCUGCGGCGGGAUCAUCGCUUCUUGGCGGCUGGUCCGCCGUGAAAGGCGCGGCAAAAAUUCAUGAAGUGAUAAAAUUGGCCAGUUUCGCCAACGCGCACAACAAGAAAGAGGUACCGAAAGUGAGAGUGGGAGGAGGUGAGGUGAGAGUGGGAGGAGGUGAGGUGAGUGUGGGAGGAGGUGAGGUGAGAGUGGGAGGAGGUGAGGUGAGAGUGGGAGGAGGUGAGGUGAGAGUGGGAGGAGGUGAGGUGAGAGUGGGAGGAGGUGAGAUGAGAGUGGGAGGAGGUGAGGUGAGAGUGGGAGGAGGUGAGGGCACGGGCCUCAAGUUGGUCUCGGUCGAGAGUGCCAAGAGCCAGGUGGUCGCCGGCGUCAACUGGAGCAUAACUCUGAAAGCCGCCGCUGUUGCCCCUGUAGCUCGCCGCUUGGGACACCGCCGCGCCUCCCCACCCGCGACCACCACCUACGUGGCGGAGGUUUUUCAGAGCCUGACGCCCGUGGUCGGAGAGCCAACGGUUGCAGCACAGCGGGCGGGCGCGGCGCAGCCUGUGGGCAAUGGGCAGGCGGCGGUGGGCAAUGGGCAGCCGGUGGUGAGCAAUGAACGGCCCGUGGCGGAUGUACAGCAGUCAGGUGUGGCAAAGCCAGUGUUGGCGCGGGAGCCUGUGUUGGCAGAUUAUCUCGUGCUGGUCUCCUUUGCCAAGAAGAGUUGA